AUGUCUCACGUUAGGGAAGUUGACUCGGACGUCACCGUGACUACGGUAGGGUCUGAGACGAGUGAGUGGAGAGCCGUUGGAGAGGAUGGGACAACUUGCGGAGAAUCGGGGCAUCAUGAUAAUCAUGAUGGUGUUAAGUUAGAGAAGCCUCCAGAAAACGUACUAGUACUCCCCGUCUACCGUACCCGCCGCAUUGUCUUUUUCUUCAGAAAUCACAGUGGGCUGGAGAUAACCGUGACAUCGUCAACUAGGAACGAGCUCAUGAUGGUCACGGUACAACUUGAACUUGAAGGAACAAAGGGGCGCACUUUACAGGACAGAUACAACUUGAAGCUCGCCAACCCUUCGCCCCAGAUAGAGAAUCAUCGAAAUCGGGGAACAGGCGCGCAGGAUCGUAAGGCGUGCCAGUGGGUCCACGUUAUCAUCAGGAGAACGCUGCGGAAGGGCAGGAGUGUUUUCUGCCUGGGUAAUAGCAGGAGGUUGGGGCGAAAGGGUAAUCAUAUCACCAGGCUGCAAAGGCAGGAGGGGGAGAUUGUUCGUGAUCGUGUAUUCCACUGGCAGGUGGUGAAGGAGGAAACUGAUGCGAGUCCUCUGAUUCUGAAGGCGGUGAUGAUGAGGCUGGGUUGGCUAUAUCUGGCGUAUCAGUUAGUCUAAGUAUUUGCAUUGAA